AAGUGGUCAUAAGAAAAGAAACACAUUACAAGUCUCGGCUUCAGCAUGUCUGCCGGGAGAAUCAGAAUCCUGGUAGCUCUGUCUUCCUUACAGCAGAUUCUAGGCUCCUUAGCUCUGUGGCAGCCCUCCGUGCCACUGUCCCCCCCUCGCAACGUGACGCUGCUGUCGAAGGAUUUCGGCAUGGCUUUAACGUGGCUCCCCGGAGAGGGGUCCCCACCAGAUGUGCUGUAUACUGUGAGGUACCAAAGAUGGGAUCACAAAAAGCAGUGGGAAAGGGUCCAACACUGCAGAAAUAUUUCCCAAACCACCUGCAAUCUGACUUGUGUGUCAGACCCGUACAACAAAUUCAAGGCCCGUGUCAAAGCCCUGUCGGCAGGGCGCCAGUCUCCCUGGGUGGAGUCAGGAUUCAUGGAAUAUCAUUUUGAUGUAGAACUGGCUCCCCCAGCACUAGAAGUGAGCGUGACGGAAAGUACAAUCAAUGUGAGUGCCGCUUUCCCCCUGGCUUCCUGUGUAGAGAGCACCUUUAUCGAUCUGAAGUAUGACCUGGACUUCUGGGAAGCCGGAACUGAAGACAAGCAGAUGCAGUACUACGACAACAUGAAGUGGGACAAGGUAACAAUCAACACUCGGGAGAUAAGCGGCAAUUACUGCCUGAGUGCCAGGGCUUCUUUCCAAGUAAUCCAACUGAAACACAGCGAGUUUUCCAAGCCAAUGUGCGUGCUGUUAAAGUCCAAAGACAUGGACUGGAAGUUCCUAGUCACCAUUGCAGUCCCAUUGUUCGUCCUGCUUUUCCUUUGCACAGCUGCUGCAUCCAUCCUAUGUCUGUGUAAACAAGCUGCCAAGAGAGUGAAGAGGCCUCAAGCUUUGGAUUUCUCCCAUUUCAGGGCUCCUGGGAAGAUCCUUGAGAAGGAGCCCAGCGAAAAGGAGUUCUUUGAGGAAGACCUCCUCGUCUGCAUGGAGAAGCCAGCAUUGGAAGGGAGAAGGAGUUGUCCUUCAGUGAGGAACCACAUAUCACUAAAGGCUUCUCUCCUCUCACUCUGGGAGGAGGAGGAGGAUGACGAUGACAGCAGCAGUUUCAGACCCUACACUGAAAUGCCUCAGUUCCUGAAGAGAGCUCCCAACUGCCAAGUAGCCAGCACGAGUCACCAAAGGUCCAACUCGAGUUCUGAACUGGACAGCUCUCACUUUGAGGGAGUAUCUGUGUCUGACCUAGCAGGGUUAGGGUUCUCUCAGCUUGUUUGGAGAAGGGGCUCGGCCAAGGGGGACACCUCUGGGUUCCAAGACAGCGAGAAAUCCUUUCUUUCUGAGAGUUCCUCCUUGGGAGACUUCUCUCUCUUUGAAGCCCAAUAUCCAGCUACAAAUGGACAUGGGCAACAUGUCUGCCAAGGAGACACCUUCCUUCAAGUGACUGUGUUGACGGAGGGGCUCAAUGGAAAGCCUCCUGCUUAUGAGCACCGCCUGCCAAUGAGUGGUCCUCAUAACACCAACCAUCAGCGGCAUCCUUAUCCUGACCCAAUAGUGUGUGUCGCACUAGAAGUCAGUCAGGACUCUGGUGGUUUCCCUCUUGAGGGGCAGCUUGUUUGCUUCCAGACUUUAAAGCUCGCAGAGGACGAGGGCAUCGCAAGCGACAGCGACGGCCUCACAGUGUGCUUGGAAGAAGACCCAUCACCCCCGGCCUCGCUAGUAGGCGAGACUUUUGAAGUUGAGACACAGGGGAAAGGUGGCAGCUUGCAGCAAGAGAGAGAUCCAACCUUUAAAUUCCAGGGAUAUCAGCAUGUGCGUUAUAUGCCAAGGAAGUGAUGGGGAUAGCAGUCUUGUGGCUGGCCUGGAUCUAGGGAGUUCCAUCCAGGAGGAAAACAAGGACAAGUGUUUGUCAGGCCCAAGAUUUAUGCUGCUUGUGCUUUACCACCCAUGCAAAAUGCUUUCUGCUACUGUUUGUCCUGCUAGGGCUAGGUCUUCACUCACAGAAAGAGGUGGGUUUUUAUCACGAGGAAAAACAAGGCACUUUGUAGUUUUGCCAUGAGGUAAGCAAAGUGAGUUCGACCCCAGGCAGGGGUGUGGUGCUAGUCUUGCCUAGCUACCUCAUGGUAUCACUACCCGUGCCUCGUCUCCACUUAGAAUUUUACAGUGAGAUAAGGAUCUCAGGUUAGUUAUUGUUAAGGUUGCAUGACCUCGGUCAUGGAGGUCAGGGAAGUCAUGGAUUCAGUGACUUUCCAGGACUUCUGCAGUGGCUGGUGCCGCUGACCCUAGGGCCAUCCAAGCAGCUGGCCCCAGGAGCCUCAGCAAUGGCUAGCCAGGUGCAGUCAGCCCCCGUUGCCAAGCAGAGGCAGCUGUCAGCCCCCAAAGUUCCCCCAGAGCAAUGAUGCCCGCAGGCCCCAGGAGCAGCUAAGAUUUAGUCAGGGGUAUUUAUAGUAAAAGUCAUGGACAUGUCAUGAGCAAGAAACAAAUACUCUUAGCCUUAGUUAUUGUACUGUAAAAACCCCACACCUUUAUGUCAGUCAAGGGCUGUGUAAAACUGCCAGCAAAACUCUGGCAACAUGGCAUGUUCCAGUUGUGUGUGGAUUUCAAUCCAGGCCAGCACACUUCUGUUCUCCCAGCUGUCCUUGUGCAGUUGCUUCCCUUGCUGGGUGGAACAAUCUAGGGUGGACAUUUGCCUCCCACGUAGACAUGGGGCCACAUCUGCUUUUUGUGGGGUAAAGGGAGCUUCCCCGUCAGCCUGCAGAGCUCACCAGAGAGAACAAACAUUGAGGCCAGCAAUGGGAGAUGUUUGUUUUGGUUAUUUAUUUUGAUUUAUAUAAAAACACACCUGUCGGUGCUGAAAUUCACCCUGCUGAGCAGAGUGCCUCAAAGCAGCUGUGUACUGAAGCAAUAAUGUUCUGGGGGGUAGAGGGGUGCAUGUGUGUGUGUGUUUGCAUUUCCCCACCACAACACAGGGCCUCCUCUGCUCACCUGAGAAAGCCCACGCUAUUUGCCAGAAUGGAAUCCCUUCCAGCCUCUCACAUCAACACUUGGUUGGAGUGAAAUUCUAAGCAAUUCAUUGUGCACACUGCUUCAUUUGUGCCAGGGCUGCCCAGCACUACUAGGCAUGGCAGUUCAAAGCCCUGGCGCCACUGGGCUGGAUGCAUUCAUUAUGAAUGUAAAAUAAUUGCUUGUGGCCUGGCACAUAAUUGCUUGAGCCUCAGAACCUCUUUCAUUACAAAUUAAGCACUGAUCGUACAUCUUUCCUCCAAGAAUAGUAUUUGCUGUUGUAGGCUGCAUUCCCUUGCUGCUUACCCAUUUCUGAGGAAGAGUCAAAGCUCCAAUACCACCCCAAACUACCCCAGAAGGAGGUGCUAGACAGAGGUGGGAUCUGUGCCCGUCUCUAGGGGCUGAUGGUGUUUUACUUGUGAUGUUUCCAGCUAAAAUGAACUUGAUGUGUAUGUUUUAUUCCAGUAAAGGAAAUCAAGAAAAGGAGACUCAUUAAAGGGGAAAUGGUGAGCUGCCUUUGCUCAGAGCUCUCCAUGGUCAUGGAGUCAUACCUUAGACAGUUUACACCGGGAGAAAAAGGCAGGGGAGUAUUAAUGUGGAUCUUUAAUGUUCAUAGCCUUCAGGGGAUGGGGAGACUAAGAUUAAGCACCAGAAGCAGGGGAAGGGGUCAGGUGAUGGAUAAUGGCAACAAUGCCUUUCACCAUUAUUGGUCACUCCCUAUGUUUCAGAUCAGAUAAUGACUAGAGAGAGACAGCAGCAAGCCGCAGGGUUCAGAACCAGAUCUGGACCUCAGCAUAUUAUCAUAGAAUCAUAGAAGAUUAGGGUUGGAAGAGACCUCAUGAGGUCAUCUAGUCCAACCCCCUGCUCAAAGCAGGACCAACACCAUUGUUUCAGACCAGACUCGAGUAGUGACUGAAAGUUGUUACCAUUUGACAGUUUGACAGUCUGUGGGAAAUGCGUUGAUGGUCUCAGUCCAGUUCUCGGUGGACAUGUGUCCAUAUCACAAUUGCCUUUGUCCCCCUUUGUAUGGGGAAUUAUAAACCCAGAUACGGAACCAGAUUUGCUUCCAUCUGCAGAUUUGGGAAGAGAACAUAGGCUAAGAAUUUGCUGCAUGUUUCAGGGAUCUGAUUUCUUUAUCUGAGGGGAGUUUGCAGGCUGAUUUGCAGAGGUGCUAAACUCAGGCCUGCAGUGAGCAACAGAGGGGCUGUCCGUCUCUAAAAAUCAACCUUUAAUGUGAAAACACCCAGGGAAAUGAUGACAAAUGCUAUGUGUCUAACCUGCCACCGGAGGGCAGUGAUUUAGAAAGUUUGGUCUCGGUGGCUGCUGCUGUGAUGUUAGAGAGACAAGAUGGGUGAGGUAAUAUCUCUUAUUGGACCAACGUCUGUGGGUGAAAGAGACAAGCUUUUGAUUUACAUGGAGCUCUAAUUCAGUCUGUUUGUACACACCCAGCCAGCAGCAGUACUCUGGAAAGCUUUAGCAAAACUUCAGUGAUUUGGGAUUCAAUCUCACAUAAUGUCAGCACCGCUGAUCUUGCUGUCUGUGAAUGCAGGAGUGUGGUCUAUUGGGAAGACAAUGCAGCUGGAUGCUCUUUGUUCACAAAUUAUUGGGCCUACGGCAGGAAUCCCUGGGUUGAAUGCUCUGACCUGUAUAACGCAGGAGGUCACACUAGAUGAUCAAAUCAUCGCUCUGGCCUUAAAAUCUAUUGACUGCAAAAUCAGAUGACAAGAUUUCUCAUCCUUUUCCUCCUGGUUCAAAGUUCCAAGCAGAGUUUCAUGUUAAAGCUGUGUUAUAAAUGACACUCGUUCCAAUUCUCCCUCACUGGAGCUCACAUACCCCCACAACCUUGGGAAGGUUGGACUCCAACCCCAUUUCUGAGCUUUACAGCUUGGUCCCUCUCUCUCUGAAGAAAAACAAAUUCCAUGAGGCAGGUUCCAUCCCUCUACAAAUGAAGACAGACAAGCAAGGCCUUCAAAUAAUAAUCUCAAAGCAUCUCAGGUGAUGGAACACUCUUGAGGACUAAGGGAAGCACCCCCAUCAUGGUCUUUACAUAGGUCAUCAUGAGCUAUAGCAAGUCUCUGUCAACAUGGGGUUGUAAGUAAUGUUGGGAUAUUUUAGGGUUAAGUAUAACAAUAAGCUGCUAAUGUGCUGACAUGGCAUUAGGGGACAAAGGCAUAUGUGGGCAAUAUCUUUGUGUCUAAUACAUAAGUUACAGAUUCUUCAGUAUUACUUUGUCUAAUACAUAAGUUGCAAAUUCUUCAGUAUUUCUUUGUCUAAAAUAUAA